AUGAUAUCCAACUCCAAUAUUCCUCCUUCUGCUGCUGAUAAGCAACAUCAUAACAAUGGCAAUACUACCGAAAAUGACGCUGCGAAAAUAAUGCGAGCUCUCAAUGUGGAAGAGAUCGACGUGGAUCUAUAUCAAAGCAUCGAAUUGUGGCACCCUGCUGGUUCCAGAGGUGCAUUUGGUGGCCAGAUGGUAGCUCAAGCAUUGCGUGCUGGAUGGAAUACGGUGUCUGACGAUUUUCAUGUUCAUUCCUUGCACAACUACUUUUUGCUACCGGGUAAUGCCGAUAUCCCCGUUAUAUACCAAGUACAAAGGAUACGUGAUGGUCGAUCUUUUGUCACUCGCGUUGUUACUGCUUCGCAAAAAGGAAAAACGGUGCUUACAUGCAUGUGCAGCUUCACCAAGUAUGCUGAUGGAUCAAAUGCCAGCUUGUGCCAUCAGGAUACCAUGCCAACCAAUAUCCCUCAGCCUGAAGAGCUCACAGACAACAUUGAUCGGCUAAAGGUGCUUGCUAAUGAUCCACGGGUACCAGAGCAUUAUCGUCAACGCUACAAGAAUUUUAUGGACACAGUUACACCGGUUGAAUACAGGGAUAUCCACAAUGGAAAUUCUGAGGAACUUCUUACUGGCUACAUGAAGCCACUUGAAGACCAGGGCCAAUGGUUCAAGACUCGUGAAAGAUUGCCCGAUCAUGAUCCCAAGCUACAUGCAUGUGCCAUUGCAUAUGCUUCGGAUAGUGGUAUUUUGAUGUCUGCCGUAAGAGCAAAUGGGAUGAUUGGCAGAAGGGGUAUUGGUAUGAUGGCAAGCUUGGAUCAUUCAAUGUGGUUCCACGUACCGACGCGUGCUGAUGAAUGGUUGUACCAUGCAUUUGAUAGUCCUCGAACCAACGAUGGUCGUGGUACAUCCUUUGGACGAAUCUAUAACCAACAAGGUGUGUUGGUGGCAACGUGUUCUCAAGAAGGUAUCAUUCGAUUGACAAAAGGAGAGCAAGCAAGACGACAAAAGGCUGCUGCCGAUGAAGCCAAUGCAUCAUCAUCGUCAUCACCAUCCAAAUUGUAG